UUGUUUUACAUUUCGUUACGUCAUGCAACAACAGAACAUAGUAUUGAAAAAAUGGUUGAACAUCAGCUGUUACAAGAAAAUCAUAUACAUAUCUUCCGAAAUGUUUUGAAAAAGACACCAGAGCAAUGCCUUUUUAUUGUUGAUGGCUUGGAUGAAUGGAAACCUAGCGCAACCGUUAAUAAAGGUCCCAAAUGCAUCGAUGGACUCCCAGCGAAAAAUGCGAAAUGUACAACAUUAUUCACCACACGGCCAUGGAAACUUGCUGAAAUACGCUCAUUAACUCUAGAUGUUGACUCGGAAGUACACCUGAAGGGUGUAACAUUUGCAAAUGCCUCAGUUCUUGCUGGGAUAGCUUUAGAUAAACUUAAUAAAAGGAGAGGAAAAAGAUUGAAAGUUGAGGAUUUCAUUGCUGAGAUUGAAAACAAGCAUUUAAAGGCUAUAGUAGGUUCACCACUUUUGCUCAAGCUUUUACUUUGUACAUGGUUUGAUAACUGUACUCUCCCUGAUACCGAAACAAAGAUUUACAGUACAGUCGUGAAACUUAUGGUUAGAAUGUAUACAGAUCAAAAACAUGACAACCGUUGUCUAGAGACAUAUGAGAGAAAACAAGAUCUAAUAGAAAAACUGCCAAUCAUCCUCCGAAACCUCCCUGAGUUUACGUCUUACGCGCAGUCGGUACUUUCACUAGGUGAAUUUUCCUUUAAGACAUUUGUCGAGUCAGAUUCUCUUGUAUUUGACCUACCGAUCUUGGAACAUUAUGGAAUGACAAAAGAAGAUACAAAAGUAUUCCUUGAAAUGGGACUCUUGUCGCAGAGCAAGUUAAGACCGUGUUCAGUAACAGCACACACCGUCAAAAUUUCUUAUAUUCAUAGAACAUUUUAGGAAUACUUCGCCGCCCUAUACUUGAGCGGUUAUCCAGAACAUAUUGAAGCCAUAUUAGCAAUGUGUCCAGGAAGUAGACGCCUUGCUGAACUUCAAGAAAUGUUGCGUUUUACUUCUGGAUUUGUACCAAACGCUGUCCAAAUGAUUUCAGAACAUAUUUACAAGGAUGAGACUGCCAACAGCUUAGUUGAUGAUGCGAUGUUUACGAUAAUACAGAAGACACUCGUUUCAUGUAUUAGAGAAGCUAAACCAUUAGGGCCAAAACCAAGAAGUGUCAAUAUCAAGGUCAUUAUACUGAAUACAUUAUCUGAUCAAGAGGUCCUUCCAUUGGUUUACCCGGAAUCUGUUAACAGACUAGAUAUAACCGAAUACGUACAAUUAGAUAAGGAACAAAUCGAUUGUAUCUUUGCAAUGGUGAAUCUUAACCAUCUUGUUAUAAUGAAUGACGAAGAGGUCCUGAAAUCAGAUAUAAUGGUGGCUCUUUUGAAAAUUUGCAAGCAUCUCAAGAGAUUGGAGCUUGAUGAUUACCAUCUUCUUAAUGAUCCUGAACUGACAAUACUCCCAACAUCUUGCCGUUUAUCAUACAUCAGUUUGUUCCGUUGUAAACUGACCCAUUCACAUAUCACCUCCAUGAUAAGUGAUGUUCCAACAUUGAAAGACUUGAAACUUACGGUAACGUGCGAACCAGAUGGACAAUGUGGUUGCCUUAAACAGAUCCAAAGUGUUGCCGGUGCCAAAUCCAAAACUGAUGAUCAAGAAUUAAUGAAAUCGGCUUGUGUGACAAACAUCCAGGUUUAUGAAUCAUCUGGAGUGUUUGAUCAUCUGAAAGAUUCAAACACAUUGAAAUGCUUAAAAGUCAUGGACUCAACAGCGGAAAAGAGUCUUGGGAAAUUCACUGGACAAUGCGUUAAGCUAGAAGAUUUAGAAUUAGACUCUGUGACGUUCAGCAGGUAUAGCGACGGAUACUCAUUGAAUGGCGGUUCACUACAACAACUGAAAUUGAACGAUGUUGACAUAGAUUAUAGAAUUAUAUUAUCAACGAUAAACAUUUCCAACACGAUUGCUCCUUUUGACAUAAAAUUGGAUCAGGUUCGACUCAUUGGAAUAAAUGCAGACGAAUUCAAGAGUUUAUUGUUGAAAUACAAAGGUGUGUCGAUUGAGUCGUUUUCUGGAGAUGAAGGUGAAGUUAAAACUUCAACGCUUAAAGUUGUUAAGGAAAGUACUGACCUUGUCGGAAAAACAGAUAUUCUGCACGAAGAUUCUACAACCAACGAAAUCGCCUCAAGACCGCGUUCUCGAUUUAAUGAGCGUACAAAGAACUGCUUUCCCUGCGUGUUAUUUUGAAAUCGGUGAUGUUCUGACAUUGUUUCAGGCGCUGUUCUUUUUUGAGGCGUGUAUAAGAAACGGAACUGAACUUGAUUUUAAAUGCAGUUGGAAUGAUGAAUGCCAACAACUUUUAAUUAUGAUUAGUUUGAAUACUGAUGUCAUGGCUGUACUGUGCAUAU